AUGGGGGAGUAUAUUUGGAAUUUACCCAUUCCUCCUAAUGAUGUUAACGAUAGCAGAACGUGGAUCCAAAACCCUCAUGGGGCUUAUACGGCAAAGUCAGCUUACUCUUGGUUAUCUCUAAAGCGUAUUGGUUUUGGCCCUCAUAGACUUUUCUGGAGAAUUAUUUGGAAACUCAAGAUGCUUUCCAAAAUCAAAAUUUUCAGUUGGAGAAUUGGCCAAGAUAUCUUACCUACCUAUGUUAACAUUGCCCGCAUCUGUCAGAAUUUCUCUACAAUUUUCCUGAGAUGUAAAAAUAGUGACGAGAUGCUCCUUCAUGCUUUGAAAGAAUGCCUGAAGGCUCGUGAAACUCUCAUAUUGGGAGGUAUGAAUAACAGGCUCCUUGACGGUAGUUAUGUUAGAUGCAUUGACAAGCUAGAAGAUAUUCUGCGGGAGCUCGACGCCAAGGCUAUUGCUAAUCUCUUUACUCUCCUUUGGAACUGCUGGAAUAACAUAAAUAAGCUAGUCUUUCAGGGCAAGGAUGAUCCUACUAUGGUGGUCUGGGAAAGGGCGAGCGGACCCUUAGCAAUUAUUUUAGAAUUUUUAACUUGA